CUUCCUUAGGAGAGGGGCCUCGGGCUCUGGUCACCCGGGUCUGCAGACCCCCUGACCCGGCUGCUGUCUCCCUCUUUACUGCAGAAUGAAGAUGAGACGCUACAAGCUCUUUCUCAUGUUCUGUAUGGCCGGCCUGUGCCUCAUCUCCUUCCUGCACUUCUUUAAGACCCUGUCCUAUGUCACCUUCCCCCGGGAACUGGCCUCCCUCAGCCCGAACCUCGUGUCCAGCUUCUUCUGGAACAAUGCCCCCGUCACGCCCCAGGCCAGCCCGGAGCCGGGUAGCCCCGACCUGCUGCGAACGCCGCUCUAUUCCCACUCGCCCCUGCUCCAGCCCCUGUCGCCGAGCAAGGCCACCGAGGAGCUCCACCGGGUGGACUUCGUGCUGCCCGAGGACACCACCGAGUAUUUCGUCCGCACCAAGGCCGGCGGCGUCUGCUUCAAACCGGGCACCAAGAUGCUGGAGAAGCCCCCGUCGGGGCGGCCCGACGAGAAGGCCGAGGGCGCCGACGGCUCCUCGGCCCGGGGCCCCGCGCGGCACCUGCUGAGCACCCGCGAGCGCCCGGGGGCCCGCGGCGCGCGGCGCAAGUGGGUGGAGUGCGUGUGCCUCCCGGGCUGGCACGGGCCCAGCUGCGGCGUGCCCACCGUGGUGCAGUACUCCAACCUGCCCACCAAGGAGCGCCUGGUGCCCCGGGAGGUGCCGCGGCGGGUCAUCAACGCCAUCAACGUCAACCACGAGUUCGACCUGCUGGACGUGCGCUUCCACGAGCUGGGCGACGUGGUGGACGCGUUCGUGGUGUGCGAGUCCAACUUCACGGCGUACGGGGAGCCGCGGCCGCUCAAGUUCCGCGAGAUGCUGACCAACGGCACCUUCGAGUACAUCCGGCACAAGGUGCUCUACGUCUUCCUGGACCACUUCCCGCUGGGCGGGCGGCAGGACGGCUGGAUCGCCGACGACUACCUGCGCACCUUCCUGACGCAGGACGGCGUGUCGCGGCUGCGCAACCUGCGGCCCGACGACGUCUUCAUCAUCGACGACGCCGACGAGAUCCCCGCGCGCGACGGCGUGCUCUUCCUCAAGCUGUACGACGGCUGGACGGAGCCCUUCGCCUUCCACAUGCGCAAGUCGCUCUACGGCUUCUUCUGGAAGCAGCCGGGCACCCUGGAGGUGGUGUCGGGCUGCACCGUGGACAUGCUGCAGACGGUGUACGGGCUGGACGGCAUCCGCCUGCGCCGCCGCCAGUACUACACCAUGCCCAACUUCCGCCAGUACGAGAACCGCACCGGCCACAUCCUGGUGCAGUGGUCGCUGGGCAGCCCCCUGCACUUCGCCGGCUGGCACUGCUCCUGGUGCUUCACGCCCGAGGGCAUCUACUUCAAGCUCGUGUCCGCCCAGAACGGCGACUUCCCCCGCUGGGGCGACUACGAGGACAAGCGGGACCUCAAUUACAUCCGGAGCCUGAUCCGCACGGGCGGCUGGUUCGACGGCACGCGGCAGGAGUACCCGCCGGCCGACCCCAGCGAACACAUGUACGCCCCUAAGUACCUGCUCAGCAACUACGCCCAGUUCCGCUACCUGCUGGAUAACCCCUACCGGGAGCCCAAGAGCACCGCGGAAGGUGGGCGGCGGAACAGGGGGCCCGAGGGAAGGCCGCCCGCCAGGGGCAGAUCGGAUGUGGUCGAAGGCUAAGGCUGCGAGAUCUGCAAAGAGCCGGCGGGCGGGGUGGGGGUGGGGUGGCGGCAGCCCCUCCUGCUGUUUCCCUGCCUCCCUCUGCCGGCUGCCUGGUUCCCGAGAGGACCGAGCCCUUGGGAACCCAGGGCCAGGCCCGUGAGCUCACAAAGCAUCCUUCCUCGUCAGGAGAGGGGAGUCCAGCCCUUCCGUCCACCCAGAGUGCUGUGGCCAGGAGGUGCCAACGGAGAGUGCAUGACGGUUACUGGGUAGCCGGGGAGGGUGGGCAGGGUCGGGGAAGGGGACCCGCAGGAGAAGCUCCCCAGGCCAGCCACGCGGGAGCUGCGGCCCCGGCCGGGGAGAAACCUGCCGUUGGGCCUCCUGGGGCUUUGGACCUGCAGCGGGAAGGUGGGCAGGCCGGGAGGUCCCGGGGCUCUGUAAAUGGGUGCAUUCGGGUGCAGGAGGAAGAGGGGACAGCAAGGUGGGAGGGAUGUAAAGGAGCAUCCAGCUGGGAGGAAGCGCAGUGUCCUUGGAAGGGCUGAGCCGGAGGGAGCAGAGAGCUCUGCCCGCAGGACACCCCUGCGCUGGAUAGCACCCGUGGGGUAGGGCCUGGAGUCUGCCGAAGCCCGGGGAGUCUUGCUUUUGGUUCCAAACCUGGCCUUGACAUUCCGUCUUUCUUUUUAUACUGUCGUCUUGUGGGCUGCCCGCUCAGCCCUCGCAAGGCCAAGACUCCAGUUCUCGGGGUGGGAUGGGAGCCGGAGGCUGGACGGUCAAGCCGGCCUGGGAGGGGGCCUAGGGGAGGCAGAGGUUCCCCAUCACCCCUUCCCACUGGGACCCACAGCCCCAGCCCUCCACCGUCUCUGAUAGAGUCACCCUUGUGCCCCUGCUCGGGGCUGGCUAGAGCCAGGAAGGGCCCACAGGCUGCCUGGGACCAGGAAGGACUUUGAGGUCAGUUAUGUCAUCUCAUUCCCCUCAGUUUAUCUCAUGGGGGCAGGGGAUGUAUUGGUUAGAUUCUAAGCUGCUGCCAUUAAGAGGCCCCCAAACACAAUGGUUUAAGCAAGACAAGCUUGUUUCUAGCUUAACUGUCCAGAGGGAGAUGGUCCAGAUCCAGUAGGGCAGCUCUGCUUUUUCCCACAUACACACCUUCCAGUUCUGGACAGAGCGGUGGCUUCAGCUCCCACCAUCACAUGUGCAUCCCAGCCUGGGAGAAGCAGAGAAGGGCAAGAGAAGCACAUGUCCUUUCCCGUUAAGGGCAUGAGCCAGCAUGGCAUGGUCGCUUCCGAUCGCAUCUCACUGGCCGGGUCUUAGUCACGUGGUCACAAGCAGCUGCAAGGGAAGCUGGGAAAGGGAGUCUUCAGCCACAUGCCCAGCCUCAGCUUUGAGAGUCUUCUUAGUAAAGGAAGGAGGAGAGCACAGAGACCAGGAGCAUCUUUGGCACAGAGGGAGGGGCAUGGGGAGAGAGCGUCAGAAUGACUAACACAGUCCUAGGAUCCUCCUCUCAAGUUCAGAGCUCUUAGACGCACCUGCUCCUGCCCCCAUUCACUGCCAGUCCAGAGCUGGGCGGGGGGGGGGGGGGGGGGGGGGGGGGGGGGGGGGGGGGGGGGGGCAGUGAGAGCCUGCAGUUGAAGGAGGGGUGAAACACCGCCCUCCUGAGGCCCCCACAGAUGUUCACCCAGCCAUGCCAGGAUGCAGAGCCUGCCUGUGGAGCGGGACAUGUUUGUGUGUGCGUGUGUGUAUUUAUGGGCAUGUGUGCAUGUUUGGUGUGUACUUGUGUGUGUCUGUAUUGGGGUGUCCCUGUAAAUAGAUGCUUCUGUAUGGAUGUGGGGGCAGGGCCCAGGCCUCCCCUUCCCCGGGACCUGGAGCCUGUGGCCACAGCCCCUCACAGCUCCCCCAAAGUGACGGAGGCGCAAAGCCCUCGGGGAGCCUAGCCAGCAAGGGUAAAGGGGGAUGCGGGGUCUGUCUGUCUGUCUGUCUUUCAGUCCAAGGAAUGAGAAUCCUCCGGGCCCGAGGGCUGAACAGCUGAGAGCUCACUACCUCCCCAGCCUGUUUUGGUCCCCACCAUAUCCUUCCAUCCCAUCCCACCCAGCCUCCAGCCAGGACUGUCUCUGGGGGUCUUGUUGGGGUUUCCUGACGGGCCAGAAGGGGAGGGUGUCUCCUCUGCCUCAGCUCUGUCCAGAGAACUGUCUGGCGUGGGUGUGGUCUGGGGAGCUGGCCGCAGAGCAGCGUCCGGCCGGCAGGCAGGCAGGCAUGAAUCAGGUGGCAGGGCCCUAUGGCCUCCAGUCUCCCACCCCAAGCAAGUCUUUAGGGUGCCCUGAGGGAACCCCUCCCUUGGAGUUACAGCAGUCCCGCUAGUCCCUCUUGGAUCUGAGAAGUGGCAGAAGAAAUCAGGAUGUCCCUGUGGCUCUGGGCCAACCCAGACCGGGGCCUGCCUUCCCAGCCACCUUUCUCACCCCCUGGACAGGCAGUCUCUGGGGGCAGGCAGUCUCUGGGGGCUCCUGAAUCGUGCCUGAGUCCCAGCCCAGGGCCUCCCUCCUGAGGGCUUCCUCACCUCGUGCCCCUGGCACCCUCGGCUGCUAUGGGCAUGCCCCCUCCCCAGGCUGGCAGGGGUCCCUGGCCUCCAGUUCACCAGCUCCAGGGCAGGGGAAGGAAGAGGGGAGGAGCUCAGAUCUGCUAGGACCCACCUUCCCUCUCAGACCCAGAACCCUGUUCGUGGUCACUGCCGAGUGGAGACCUGGCCAUUGGGUGGAGACAGCAGCCAUCAGAAGAGUGGGGGUGGGGGCGGGGGGCAAGGCGUGGGGUUGGAGAGUUUCACAUAUACUCACAUUCAUACACUGGGAAUUCUGGGGGGUGGGGGGUGGGGGGGGCGGGCAGGGGAGCCCCGGGCCACUCCCCCAGUAUGAAAGGAAACCAAACUGUGAAUGUGUGAGGGCGGGCACACUGCUGGCCCUGUCGCCAUAACCAGGUGUCUUUCCCUGGGAACCACUGGCCCUAUGACCUCUAGACUCAGGAGGCUCAGCCGGCCCACAGGUCAUGUCCAUUCCCAGGGGCAGGUGUGGGAGAGCUUUGGGGGCAAAGGUGACGGUUGGGGAGGGGAUACAGGACUUCCCCAAGCAGAAGGCAGGGCCCUGGGAAAUGUAUAAUUUAAGGACACCAAUGAUAAUAGUAUUAUUUUUUUUGUAAGGGAAAAUCAAUAUGUACAUUCUGAAAUCAUUUUCUCUGUAAAUGGUUGGAUUUCAUUUCACCCUUAAAGGGAUGCUUAAAGGAAAAGAUAAUAUUAAUAAUAAAAACAGCUACAAAGU